CCAUGUCCCGCCGCAGCCAGCGCCUGGUCACCAGCCGCUAUUACCCCGGGGACGACGAUGCCACCACCAGCAGCAGCAGCAGCUCCUUGCUGGGGGGCCAGCAGCUCCCCUUCAAGGAGACCACCAGUGGGGAGCUCUCCACCAGGAGGAGAAGAGGCACGGGGGACACCGAGUCCAGUAAGAUCAACGGGCUGCUGGAGAGCAAGACGUACGACACCUACGCCUCUUCGUCUGGGUACUCCUCAGAAGAUGAUUAUGCUGGUCACUUCUACUCAGGCCAGAGUAGCUCCAGGUCGGGGCUGAGGACCGCAGCCUCUCGGGUGGGCUCCUUCCUCUGGCAGGUGUUCACCUCCCCAGUUCGGUUCCUGGGAUGGCUCUCCUCGGGGCUGGCAGCUGCCUGGCACCGCCUCACCGGCCCAGCUCCUCGCCUGGGUGGUGUCCCCUUCUCCAGGCGCUACCCAUGGCUGAAGAGGUCCCUGCUACUGCUGUUGCUCCUCCUCCUCCUCGCUGCCGCUGCCUAUGGAGCUUGGUACUUCUACCCGUACGGGCUGUCGACGCUCAGCAUCCCUGCCUUCCCGUGGUGGGGAGCUGGAAAGCUUUCCUCCUCCUCCAUGCCUGGGGCAGGGGACCUGACCGCGCUGGACCAGGGGCUGCAAGGGGAGCACCGGCUCCUGGCUCGCUUCCAGGCUCUGGAGAAGCGCUUCAAGGCACUGGAGGCUGAGGUGUCGCAGUGGGAGCUGCGUCGGGGGGCAGCAGCUGUGGCAGCAGGAGGAGAGCCACCCCCGGGGGAUGUCCUGGCCCUGCUGGAGGGACUGGUGAGCCGCCGGGAUGCGGGGCUGAAGGAGCAUCUCCUCACUGACGUGACCAGCCACCUUCAGGGCGAGCUGGAUGCUCUCCGAGCCCAGGUGCAGAGGGAUUUAGACGGGCGCCUGGGGAAGAUGGCACAAGCCUCUCAGGAGAUGGAGACGCGCUUGCUGGAGCUGAACUCCAAGUGGCAGAGCUUGGUGCAGGAGGGCCUGCGAGGGACCUUCCAGCAGGAGGUGGACAAACUGGAGCAGGAGGUGGCAGCGCUGAGGAGGGAGCUGGCGGGCCUCAAGUCAGACCAGGAGGUGAUGGGGAAGCACGUGGAGGGGAUGCUGGAGCAGCUGAAGGCGGUGCGGGCUGAUGUGGAAGCGCAGUUCCCGGCGUGGGUCCGUCGGUUCCUGUCGCAAUCCCGGCAGGACGGCGCCGCUGGCCUUGUCCUCCAGCAGGAAGACUUGCAAGCAGAACUCCGGGCCCUAGAGAGCAAGAUCCUGGCCAAAGUCUUGGAAGACCGAAGGCUGGCAGCACGGGAUGGUAUCGGAGUGGCCCUGCAGCAAGGGGGGACCACAGGAGUGACAGAGGAGCAAGUGCAUCUCAUCGUGGACCAGGCCCUGAAGCGCUACAGCGAGGACCGCGUGGGAAUGGUUGACUAUGCCUUGGAGUCAGCAGGGGCCAGCGUCAUCAACACCCGCUGCUCUGAGACCUACAGGACGUGGAAGGCGCUGAGUUUGUUUGGCAUCCCCCUGUGGUACCACUCGCAGUCCCCCCGUGUCAUCCUGCAGCCAGAUGUCAACCCCGGGAACUGCUGGGCCUUUCGUGGGUCCCUGGGCUUUGUCAUCAUCCGCCUCUCCAGCAUCAUCCGCCCCACGGCCGUGACACUGGAGCACAUCCCAAAAGCCCUCUCACCUCAGGGGACCAUCCCCAGCGCCCCCAAAGACUUCGCUGUCUACGGCUUGAAGGACGAGGGAGAGGAGGAGGGUGUGCUCCUGGGGCAGUUCACCUACAACCAUGACGGUGACCCCAUCCAAACAUUUUACUUGGAGGGCAAUGCCGUGGGCACGUACCAGCUGGUGGAGCUCCGGGUGCUGAGCAAUUGGGGCCACCCUGAAUACACCUGCAUCUACCGCUUCCGUGUGCACGGGGAGCCGGAGCACUGACCCCCCGGCUCCCGCGCGGGAUGAGGAUGCUGCGGGGCCGACAGCAGGAGGGGACUCGUCCGGUUUGUCGCUUUGGACAUAGAAAUCCCGGGAUGCACCAGCAGCCGCCCCAGGGAGCCGCUCCCCUUGCGGGAGGAGAAGAGCUGGUGUUCAAAGGGUGAGGCUUUCACUCUUCCAAGGACCGGCGGGUGGCGAGGCAAGAGCAUCCCACGUGGGUCCUGGCGCAGCCCGGUUUGUUUUCAGUGCGGAUCGGACACUUUUAACUUUUUAAGCUGAUUUUUUUAUUAUUUUUUUUAAUUGGGUCUGCGCAACCCCUCGUCCCCCUUGCCUUGCUUCUUUCUGAGUGUUGCCGGGGCUUGGGAAAGGGGGCAUGUAACUUCUGCCAUGUGCUUCACGCCAGCUUGGGCACGACAGGGUGUACGGGACUGUGGUGACUGGCUGGGUGCUGCCAGGGUAGGUGGGAGCCCACCGGUCAUGGCCAUUGAGUCUCUCCCCUCCACGUGGGGUGGGGGGGGUCUUUUCUCCUGCCUUGGGGCUGGUUGAGGUAAAGAUCUCCAGACCUCCGAUGCUGGGCCAGCAGAGGGGAAAUAAGACAGUAUUAAUGAAGUAUUAACAUAAAACUAACGGUUUGGGACAGCAGGAGGGGGGAAAUUGGGCACGCACGGGUGGCAGAGCCUGCCCCAGUGCUGCCCUCCGUCCGCUCGAGCCCUCCUGCUGCCGGCGGCUGGGUCGGGUCCUGGCGACGCUGUCUCCCCAGUGUUAAGCUUAACGAUGCUAUGGAAAACUCCUGUUGCCUGCUUCCCCUUUUGGGUUUGUUCUGUUGUGGUUUUGGAUUUGUGUUUUUUUAAGGGGGAGGGAGGCUAUUUUCCAGUUGGGGUCUUGAGGGAUUUUUUUUUUUUUUGCUUUGUUUUCUUUUUUUUUUUUUUUUUUUUUUUUUUU